UAGACAUGCUGCGUGCGAGUUGUGGUUGACUCAAAAACCUUAAAAAUCCGAACAAAAUGUCCCUAUUUGGCGCUUCGAGGUUGUCAAUUGGUCUUGUUGGCGUGAGAAGAUCGCUACCCCGAAGCGCGCUUCUUGCAAGACUUUUUUGUAGCACCGAAACUGAAUCCGCUGGUGAACAUGGUUUUUAUCAUGUUACGAUUGCCGGGGGUGGGAUGGUCGGUACAGCUAUGGCAUGUGCUCUAGGAAGUCAUCCUAUGUUUGAAGGAAAGAAUAUAUUACUUCUGGAAGCUGGACCAUCCAAAACAUACAGUGACAGUGUGCCAGAUCUCUAUAGCAACAGAGUUAGUUCCCUUAAUCCAGGGACUGUUGAGCUAUUAAAAAGCAUUGGUGCCUGGCAGUACUUAAGUAAAAUGCGAGUCAAACCGUACAAAAGAAUACAGGUGUGGGAUUCCUGUUCAGAUGCAAUGAUCACAUUUGAUAGAGACAAUUUCAGUAAAGAAGUGGCCCACAUUGUAGAAAAUAACUUGACAAUUAAUGCACUCAGCAAAGUAAUAGAUUCAUUGAAAGGUGACAGAGUGGAAACAAGGUAUCGAUCAAUGGUUAAGACAAUUGAUCUACCAAAACAAGGGGAUAAUGCCAAGUAUCCAUUUGUCAAAGUUUACCUUGAGAAUGGAGAAGAGAUUCACACGCAGCUACUGAUCGGGGCUGAUGGAGCGAACUCUAGUCUCAGAAGGAUGGCUAAUAUAAAUCACAUCAAUUGGAGUUAUGACCAAUCAGCUGUUGUCUCUACUUUACAGUUAGCAGAGCCAAUAGAGAACAAUGUUGCUUGGCAGAGAUUUUUACCAACUGGACCUAUAGCAAUGUUACCAUUAUCAGAUACUGAGAGUUCAUUAGUGUGGUCUACAAGUAAUCAAGAUGCUAAAAAAUUAGUAGAUUUACCAGAAGACCAAUUUAUAGAUGCCGUCAAUAAUGCAUUUUGGCAGGAGAGUGAAAAACACCCAUUGGUUGAUACAGCUGGUCAGAUAAUGGGAAAUGUAUUGUCUACAUUGUUACCAUCUACCGGUGGUUCUUCUAUCAGACAGCUUCCUCCAAGUAUCAUUGGAAUAGAUGAUAAUAGCCGGGCGAUGUUCCCUCUUGGGUUAGGUCACUCUACUCAGUAUGUCAAACCUAGAUUGGUUCUCAUAGGAGAUGCAGCCCACAGAGUUCAUCCUCUAGCUGGUCUUGGUGUCAAUCUAGGUUUUGCUGAUGUUGCCAGUCUUAGAGAUAUUCUGGUAGAAGCUGUAAAAAAUGCAGAGGAUUUAGGUGCACUUCCACAUUUAUUAGAUUACGAAACAGAACGACAGAAACAUGUGGUGCCAAUAAUGGCAACAGUUGAUGGAUUGAAGAGAUUAUUUUCCACCGAUGCAGCACCAGCAGUACUUCUAAGGAGUUUAGGUUUACAGGCAACAAACGCAUUCAAACCAUUGAAAGACUUGUUUGUUCAAGGAGCUUCUCGAUAGAUCAUUUCGUGGCAACAUUUUAUAGUAUAUUUAUUAUAGCAUGGACUGAAGUACUAUAUUAAAUUUUGUAAUAUUAUUUGACGCCAUACUGCACGGUGUCUGUGAAUAUUCACCAACCUAUGUGGUUUGUACAAACACAUAUUGGGUAGUAAAAUUUUGGUAAAUGUCACAGGUACCAGUCAUCUGCGAAUACUCUUUAUGCAAUCUGAAAAUUUACAUUGUUUUUAAAAUGUUUCUUUUCUCCAAAUUGCUCAAUAGUUUUGCUAUAUUGUCAACA